CAUAUAUAUCUAAUGUUUAAAGAGUGUGAUAAAAAAAAGAAGAAAACCAAGAGAAAGAACAAGAUCACAAAGAAUUUGCACUCAUCACGAUCAUCAAGACAAUCAAUCAGCAAUAAUGCGAAAAUUCACAGCCUUUGCAUGCGGCACUGGGGCCGGUCUGGCGACCUUCUACCUCACAAAACUGAAUGAGCCCAAGGCGGCGGUGCACAAUUCGUGGACAAGGAGCGAGAAGCCGGUGGAUGCGUGUGCAUUGUGGGACAACAAUUGGGAUCUGCGGGACCCCAAGAGCCUGGUGAAGCCGGUGAAGAACGAUCUGUCCCAGGAGCAGAAUCGCUACAACACCGAACUGGAGAAGGUGGUGCCCAAACAUGCCCGCCACAUAAUACUCAUUCGUCACGGCGAGUACCUCGAUGUGGGGGACACCGACGAAACGCAUCACCUCACCGAUCGUGGGCGGGAACAGGCCAAGUACACCGGACAGCGGCUGCAAGAGCUGGGCAUCAAGUGGGACAAGGUGAUUGCCUCGACAAUGGUGCGCGCCCAGGAGACGGCGGACAUCAUCCUCAACGAGAUUGACUACGAGAAAACGAAGGUGAAGAAUUGCGCGUUCCUGCGCGAGGGUGCACCGAUACCGCCACAGCCGCCAGUCGGCCACUGGAAACCGGAAGCGUCGUUCUUCAGGGACGGUGCCCGCAUCGAGGCCGCCUUCCGACGCUACUUCUAUCGUGCCUAUCCCGACCAGACCAAGGACAGCCACACCCUCAUCGUGGGCCAUGGCAAUGUGAUUCGCUACUUUGUGUGUCGCGCCCUGCAGUUCCCGCCCGAGGCCUGGCUGCGCAUCAACAUCAAUCAUGCGUCCAUCACCUGGCUGACCAUCAGCCCGUCGGGCAAUGUGUCCAUCAAGUACCUCGGCGACACCGGCUUCAUGCCCGUCAAGCAUCUAACCAAUCGGAUACCCCGUCCAGCCAAAAAUGUUGUCUAAAGCUCUCCCAAGUAAACCGAACUGCCUUCCCUCCAA